AUGGCUACCCCGCAAAAGAAGCCCUUCCACCUCGCCAUCAUCGGCGGAGGUAUCACGGGCGUGACGCUGGCCAUCGCUCUCCAGAGGCGAAACAUCCAGUGCACCAUCUAUGAGCAGUCGGCCGGUUUCGGCGAGAUCGGCGCCGGCGUCGGUCUGCACCCAAACGGCGUGCGGGCGAUGGAGAUAUGCGACCCCCGCCUCGUCGACGGCUUCAACAAGAUCGCCACGCGCAACAAGUGGCCAUCCAAGGAUAGGGUAUGGUUUGACUUUCUGGACGGUACCUCCACCGUCCCAGCACCGGAGUUGAAGCCCCUAUUCACGGUGGACGGGCGUGGGCCAAAUGAGGGAGGCGGGGUGCACCGCGCCAGGUUCCUGGAGGAGAUGGUGAAGCUGCUGCCAGGCGAUAUCGCACACUUCAAUAAGCGCCUCGAUACCAUUGUCGAUGAUACGCAAGGGCCGACGGGCAAGAUGUUGAUGAGGUUCUACGACGGGUCGACCGCGGAGGCGGACGCAGUGCUGGGCUGUGACGGGAUCAAGUCGCGCACGCGAGAGGUUGCUGUCGGCAAGGACAGCCCGCAGGCCCGGUGCAAGUACAGUCACAAGUAUGCCUAUCGGGGGCUGAUACCGAUGGAGGAUGCCAUCGAGGCGCUUGGGGCGGAGAAGGCAGAGAAUGCGCAGCUUUGGAUGGGACCAGACCGUCAUGUUCUAACAUUCCUUGUCAAUCGGGGCGCGACAAUGAAUCUUGUUGCCUUUGUCUCAGACCCCAAUGAAUGGCCUAACCGUGGAAGCCUGGUGCAGCCCGCAACAAAGGAGCAGGCCUUGGAGGAUUUCAAGGGGUUCGGUCCGAACGUCCUUAACCUGAUAGACAAGAUCAAGGGCGAUUUCGACAAAUGGGGACUGUUUGAUCUCGCAGACAACCCAGUCUCGUCAUUCUGCAAAGGCCGCAUCUGUCUUGUGGGAGAUGCGGCUCAUGCCAGUACUCCGCACCACGGUGCCGGCGCCGGAUUCUGUCUCGAGGACUGCGCCACUCUGGCGUCUAUCCUGGAUGAUGAUAGUGUUCAGAGUGCUAGCGAUCUAGAGGUCGCCUUCCAGUCAUUCGAUGCCAACAGAAGGGAGCGCGAUCAGUGGCUGCCCCAAAGUAGUCGGAGGGCGGCAAACAUCUAUGAGUGGCGAAGCUCGGAGCUUGGGAGGGACUACGAUGUUAUAAGACAGGACAUUAUCGAUAGGCAGGCGUAUGUUUGGAACGUUGACCUGGACAAGAUGAUUGCUGAGGCUCGAGAGGACCUGGCAGAACGGAUGACACGAAGCCGGGAGCCUCCCACGCUGGUGCCGUCCGUUCCUUCGAACGUUCAAGCAGUGUCGUCGCCUGCUCCCCGGAUAUUAGCUCACCUUCCGCCUAAUUGGCAUUUAAUCUACGCCGAUCCCUCUCCUCGCUCCGCCCAAAUACCCUUCCCACACACCACCCUCCGCAGUAUCAUCAUUGGCAGCCCCCUUCGUUCCGCUCGACUACUUCCCUUUACACCCGUGACAGCGUUCCACAAAACAAAGAUGCGUUGGUCUCAGCUUGUUGCAGCGGUGGCUGCUCUGAGCAGCUCUGCGCAAGCAGUCGACCCGCUCCCCUUCCCCACGAGCUGCACCGGCGUCACGGCCACCCGGUAUCAGAACAGGGUCGACAGCGGCUGGAAGAUGACCAAGCUGCUCGGCGGCCUGCGGCAGCCCCGGACCGUCAUCUGGGACCCGCUCGGCAACAUGCUCGUCCUGCAGGCCACCAGGGGCGUCAGCGUGCACACGUUCGGCGCCGACGGCUGCGUCAACAGCAGCACCCAGAUCGUCACCAACGUCGGCCUCAACCACGGCCUGUCCCUGACGCCCGACGGCAAGACGCUCUACGCCAGCUCCCAGACCACGGCCUGGGCGUGGGACUACGACGCCGCGACGCGCAAGGUCAGCAACCAAAAGGUCGUCAUCCGCGGCAUCGGCCAGGGCAUCCACUCAACCCGCACAAUGGUCGUCGUGCCGCAGGCGCCCAACAUCGUGCUCGUUGCCGUCGGCAGCAACAACAACUGGGACUAUCAGUCCGGGAGCCCAGCCACGGGGCGCGCCUGCAUAAAGGCGUUCGACAUGAGCAAGGUGCCUGCGGGUGGAUACAGCUACAACACCGAUGGCUACCAGAUGGGCUACGGACUGCGUAACGAGGUUGGCAUUACAAUCGACCCGGCUGGACAUGCUUGGGGUGUGGAGAACAGCGGCGAUGACUUCCGUCGCACUGUCAACGGCCAGUCCACCGACAUUCACAUCGACAACCCCGGCGAGGAACUGAACUACCUCGGCGACCCGACCAAGCCCAACAACAACUGGUACGGCUACCCGACCUGCUUCACCGUCUGGGGCGCCAACCUCAUCCGCGACGCCCAGUUCAAGACGGGCGACCAGUUCGUCGUGACGCCCAACGCGACCUUCAACGACGCCAGCUGCGUCGGCAAGUCGGUCCCGCCGCGCCUGACCCUGCCCGCCCACACGGCGCCCAUCACCAACGCCUUCGACAAGGACGGCGCCAACAUGUACGUCACCCUGCACGGGUCCUGGGACCGCCAGCCCGCCUCCGGCUACAGCGUCAUCGAGAUCCCCUUCACCAAGACCGCCGAGGGCCUCUACGAGCCCGUCGCCAAGGCCGACAGCCAGACGGGCUUCAAGACCAUCUGGGGCGCCGCCAACCCGGGCUCGUGCCAGUCCAUGGGCCUGCAGCAGAGCAACUGCUUCCGCCUCGCGGGCCUGGGGUGGGACCCCGCGGGCACGCGCCUGAUGGUGACGAGCGACAACAGCGCCGAGGGCGAGAUCUUUAUGCUGGCUAAGAAAUAA